UAAACAUCAGCGAGAAGAAAGUCUUAUAAGUAUUAUAAAAUAUAAGUAUAUAAGAAUAAUGGCUUUAUUUUUAAUAGUGCUUAGAUUCAUUUCGAUAUUUUUCGUUUUCAAAAUUUGUUACGCAGUACCGGAAGGCGUACAGCCUUUAAUAAUCUCCGGUGUUCCGGUGAGGAUUGAGGAUGCUCCAUUCUACGCCGGAUUGAUCGAUUGCGGCGCUGUCAUACUCUCCAAGACCUGGGUGCUGACUGCCGCUCAUUGUGUUGAACAACCUAAGCCCCUAAGUUACAGAUACGUUUGGGUUGGUGGGGAAUCAUUCGCUAACAGCAAAAAAAUUCCGUACAAAGAAGUCAUCGUUCAUGACGGAUUCACACAACAACUCCUUGGAAUACCUUUAAAUGAUAUUGCUCUGGUAAAGCUGGCUACGCCUUUGCGGUUUAAUGAGAAGAUUCAGCCGGUUAAGCUACCUGCGGCCGGCCAAAACCAAAAUAGAAAAUUGAUGGUCGUGGGUAGAGGUACAGAUGAGACUGGAGAAUCGUCGAAAUAUUUGAAGAAAAUGGAUCUUAUUGGGCUUUCAACCGAUGAAUGUAUCAGUAUUAUACCAAAAGAAUAUCACCAUAUAGUGAAACCGAACUUGAAGUUCCUUGAGCAGAUUAACAUCUGCGCCAAGAAGGAAGCUGAUAAACCCUCAAUAUGUCACGGUGACUCCGGUGGGCCGUUGGUCAGCAAAGACUCACUCGUCGGGCUGGUGUCAUACAUCGGCCGGACAUGCCAUGAGGCACGUCUCGGAUUCUACGUCAAUGUAACUACCUACGUGCCGUGGAUUCGAGAACAUACUGGCUUAUGAUAUUUUGGUGUUAUUAUUUAUCUUUUGUAUUUGUCCCAUCCAUUCUUUCUUUCUUAAAACUAGUUCAAAACAUCGGGUCGUUACUUUUAGCUCCGAGGUAUCUUCUGCUUGUGGAUAAACCACAUAUUCUUUCGCUCUCUAGUCGGUUUAUCAUAUUCAUUUAAAACGUGUUCAAGCUUUAAAAACUAUACUAUACUACAUAUAGUGUAGUUUUCUGCUAUUCUAAUGUUGUUAUCAGUUUAAGUCUUAGCACAAA